GAGCUGUGGGCUGAGUCCCAAUUACAUCACUGACAGUCAUAAAAAACAAAAUAAAAGAAGCAGUCCAGCUCACCGGCGGAGGGGACAAACACAACCUCUGACACACACAGAGAGAGAGAGGCUGCGAACCAUCCGCUCGGGCUGAGAGAACCCUGCGAGAACCAGAACCGAACUAAUGGACCUACUUGGCUCCAGAACCAUGAAGAGACCGAGGAAGCUGUGCCGCAGCAUUAAGCUGUUUGUCCUGUGCCAUGGCCUCCUGCAGCUCUCUCAGCUGCUCUACAGCGCCUGCUUCAAGAGCACCAUCAGCACAAUCGAGAGACGCUACGGCCUCAGCAGCUACUCCUCUGGAACCAUUUCCUCUCUCCACGAGGUCAGCAACAGUGUGCUGAUAGUGUUCGUAAGCUACUUUGGGAACCGUGUUCACCGUCCUCGCCUCAUUGGAAUCGGCGGACUGCUGAUGGCCGUCAGCGCCAUAAUGCUGACCUUACCUCACUUCUUAUCCCAGCCCUACGAAUACGACUCUGUUUUACACAAUAGCCAGGACAUCUGCAACCUGCAGAGAAACUCGAGCGGCCUGGAGUCCUGCGGCCGCGACGAGACCAGGCGCCUGGCCGACAAAAACAACCUGUGGCUGCUCAUGGCGAGCGCUCAGCUGCUCUUCGGCGUGGGUUCUGUGCCCAUCCAGCCCUUUGGGAUUUCCUACAUAGAUGAUUUUGCUGGGCCUGGCAACUCCCCCCUUUACAUAGCCAUCCUGUUUGCGGUAUCUGUCUUCGGCCCUGCCAUCGGCUACCUGCUGGGCGCAGUCAUGCUGCGGAUAUAUGUGGACGUGGACAAAAUUGGUCUAGGAGCUGAACUAGAGCUGAGACAGACUGAUCCCCGCUGGGUGGGGGCCUGGUGGAUGGGCCUGCUCAUCACCUCCGCCUGCCUGCUUCUCACCUCCAUCCCCUACUUCUUCUUCCCUCGCAGAAUGCCUUCAGAGGAUAAUGUGAUUGAUAGUGAAACAGACCUGAGCGACGACUUCAGGAAGCCGGAUUUCAAGGAAUCCUUACUGGAUUCCCUGAAAAUGUUUCCCAGAAUGUUUGUGCACCUCCUGUUGAACCCUCUCUUCCUGAUGCUGGUCCUGGCCCAGUGCUGCUUCUCCUCGGUGAUCGCGGGCCUCGCCACGUUCCUCAACAAGUUUCUGGAGCGGCAGUACAGCGCGUCGCCCGCCUACAGCAGCCUGCUAGUAGGUGCUGUAAAUCUGCCAGCUGUAGCGGUGGGGAUGCUGAUAGGCGGGGUCAUCAUGAAGAAGGCCGGCCUCUCCCUGAAGACCAUCCCGCGCUUCUCCGUUGCCAUGCUGACCAUUUCCACCCUCCUCUUCAUCCCUCUCUUCUUCAUGGGCUGUCCCACACAGAAAGUCUCCGAGGUCAAUCCUUACCAGAUCGAACGAUCUCUAUCCCUGUGCUACUCCAACUGCUCCUGCCCCGCCAGUGCCUUCAACCCUGUGUGUGGCUCUGAUGGAGUCGAGUAUAUUUCUCCUUGCCAUGCGGGCUGCACCAACUACACCAAAGUCCCCAACAACACCCACAGGGUUCAGAUGUACACAAACUGCAGGUGUAUAUCAGGGAGCCAGAAUAAUGCCCGUCCUGCUCCCUGUGCAAACAACUGUCCACACUUUCUCCUCCCCGUCAUCCUUGUCAUCUCCUUUGCCUCAUUUAUCGCCUGCCUCACCCACAACCCCAUGUACAUGAUGGUGCUCAGAUGUGUUCCCGCUGAAGAGAAGUCAUUUGCGAUAGGAAUUCAAUUUUUACUCAUGAGAGUAUUAGCCUGGCUGCCCGCCCCCGCUCUCUUCGGGACGGCCAUCGAUACGUCAUGCAUCUGGUGGAAGCACGUGUGUGGAAAGAAGUAUAGCUGUGGUUACUACGACAACAACAUCUUGAGGAACAGGUACUUGGGCUUACAGGUGGGUUACAAGGUCAUGGGUAUCGUCCUACUGAUCUUGCUGGGAUGGAAGGCCAAACGGACCCAGGAGUACAGUCUGGAGAAGAUCCCUGAAGGACUACUCUGAACCCAUAUCAGAGCCUCUGCGUCUCCUGAAGCUCUGCUGCAGUGGGUAAACAGUGUUGCAGAGUGAAGCUGCGUCAGUUGGAGAAAGCCGCGGCCAAGAAAUGUCUACACUGACCUCAAUUUCUGGAGGCCCACUUCCUCACCUGGUGCUUCACUGGCUGGAGUUGAGAUGUAUUGUUUUUGGACACUUUAAAGCUGAUUGGAUUUACUCUGAUAGCAUCACCCACUUAUUACAUGUUAUGAGAGGACAGCUAUAACACCUCUCUUGUGUGGUACCUCACAAUAUUUUUUUACAUCCAACUGAGACAGUGAUGGUUUCAAACAACACGUAAAUAUCUUUGUGUAUUACUUGUUCCUAUACGGUAGGAAUCUGUUCAGCUUUCUAUUUCCGAUGGGAACAUAUUCUGUAACUAAUUAACUGUAUUAGCUUAAUAUUUAAGUUUAUAUUUUAUAGAUGUUUGUCUCAUACAAAGAGACAUCUGUGAUAACUGCAAUACUAAUUUCAUAUAAGAUGAUACCAUAUUACACUUGAUUGAAUUGCAAUGCUAAUGGUUUUUUUUGAUAUCAAGAACUUAAACUGUUACUUGUAAAUUGAAUUAGCCACACACAUUAUGCCAGCUGCUGGUGUGGUUAUAUUGGUUACAGUGGAGUACAUAAAUGUGUAAGCAUUACCGGCUAAUAUACAGUACAAUUAA